CUCCGUUUUCGAACUUGCAUAUAAACAAAUUGAUAUUAAUUAAAGUUUCUAGAGGAUGUCGAGGCGUGGACUGUUGUUGAUGGGCCAAUGCAUGCCCUGCAUCAAGCAAAAUGCCUCCAAGAUACGCAUACGCCGCAUGGAACUGGACAAGAAUCUGAAUAUGUACUUUAAAAAGGACGACUUUUACUUUGCCCACGAUCCGCAAAAGGUGUGCAAGACCGGCGACGUGGUCCUGAUACGAGAGCUGCCCGAGCGCAUGACCCGCCUCAUCACGCAUGCUGUAGAAAAAGUGGUCUAUCCGCUUGGUGACAUAACCGAUCCCAUCACUGGCAAAAAAGUGGUGGUCGGCAAGUACCGCGAGGAUAUCGAGAUGGCCAACGAGCUGUUCGGUAAGUCGAAGAAGUCCUUCGACUAUGACAAGGCCCCACCACGUGGUCGCCUCGAGGGCACCAAAGACUUUACCCACGGCGAGACGUACAUCAAAUACCAUGAAGAUGGCAAAGAUCAGCCCUUUGCGGUCUGAUAAGUUUGGUAUAUCUACAUAUAUAAGCUUAGUAUUCGUUAAGUUUGCAAUAUAACAAACAGAUGUGUGCUAUCUGUGAUCUAAUAGAUCGUGCCCCAGAAAAGCCGGCCCAAUCAAAGAGCCUGAAUAAAAGAUUUCUCUAAAUAUUUUA